CAUUCCUCGUGCAGUUUGCGACGCGCGGUGUCGAUGCGUAGCGGUGGCGCUCCCAUCGUAGAAGCAGCGGGGGAUGAAGGAGCCAAUGCGUUGCCGUUAACGUUCCCGCGUGAUUGUGCUGAGGAAGUGAUGCUCUUAACCGACGUUGCACUACGUGGCAGAGGCGAGGGGUUCAUGGUGGGUCCUUCACCCAGGCGAGAUGUGGGGUUUAUUCUGACACUCAUUGAGCUGCUUGGUCACGCUGUUGUUGCGGAGAUGCAGGAAAUUUCUACGCGGUGGGAUUACAACAUUGUGCCAACGCGACGUCUGCGAAAGAAGGCGUUGAUGGUUCUUACUUCGCCUGCAGAGCAGGAGUACAAGGCAAAUCAGACCAUCCAGAACUGUGUGAUGAGGUUUGCUUAUCUCCUCGAGGGAUUGAUAGCGGGAGCUGCGGAUGCCUUGCUCCACCUUCUUCCAGACAACCACAGUUUUUCCCGCAUGUGCAAUGCCGUGGGACUCAUUUUAUACGACAUGGAUGGCCACACGGGGGGUCAGCUUCUGAUGCACCUUCUCCGCCUGCGGCCACCCAAGAUCACGCUGGACCUCGAGGCCCACAUGGCGAUUAUUCGUUGCCUCUCUUCUAUGCGGCACGGAUGCACGCUCUGGGAGGAGGCUGUACUGCACUACACACAGGCCGUCAACUCCCUGGUGAACGCCAGGCAACACAACCCUGUGGUGCCCCAUCGUCGUCCACACGUCCCCGAAGAUAUUUCCAGUGCCCGCCUGCUACGUUGUAUCAGAAGCAGCCCUUUGCCGCGUGAGCCAAGGAGCGCGUUGACGUUGCGUAUUGCUGCUUUUGCACGGGCAUAUAGGCUUCCUUUGAGCGCUCAGUCUUAUUCCUCUUGCUUGCUUAACUUUACGGGGAAAACAACCCAUGGGCAUCUUCACUGGUGCUCCGUGGUGUGA